AAUGAGGACGCCAACUAUGAAUAUGAGAUGAUGUGGGAUGUAGAAGGCUCAAUGCAUCUUAUAAAGAAACCUUUGAAGACAUCCUCUUCAAAUUCUAAUGAAAGAAGCUUAGGAGAAAGGGGUAAUGUUGUAAUGCGGCCAACUGCUAGAAAAAAUACUGGUCAAGAAGGAGAAUUCUCGAUGAAUAUGGAUAUGGCUUCAAGCACCGGGCCUGAUCCUCUAGCAAGAAUACCUCCCAGAACAGGCAAAUCAAUGACAACAAUUAUAAUCCAAAGAUUACUACGCAUGCUGCGAAUGCUAAUCGUUAUUGUUGCAGUCAACGUUCCUCUUUACAUGAUGUUGCUAUUCAAGGAUUGGAUUGACAAGUAAAGAUGAGAUUCAUAUGUGAGUUAUAGCAUU